AGCAGCAUUUUCCUACUGGUCUACACUUUUGUUUUAUUAUAUUACCUCUUUAAUAUGUAUUUGAGUACCUUCAACGACAUCACUAUUAUAUGCUGCGUCAACUACAAAGUCGUCUUUCAUAUAUACCUUUUUGACAAUACUGACCUCAAGAAGUAUGUUUCAUAAUUUAAUUGAUCGUUCAGCAAAGUUUUUCGGUGUAAAUACCCCGAAUUGGUCGUUUCAAGACAUUCCUGAUUUACACGGCAAAGUAGCGAUCGUAACAGGAUCUUCUGGUGGUAUAGGAUAUAUCACUGCUUUGCAAUUGGCAAUUAAAGGUGCGAAGGUGUACUUAGCCGGUCGCAAUGAAGAAAAAUACAUUACAGCGAUCAAGAAUAUACGCGAAGAAUGCAAAAACGCCAACGUUGUGUUCUUACAUAUGGAUCUACUCGAUUUCGACAGUGUCUAUCAAGCUACAGAAGUAUUCCUGGCAAAGGAAACGAAGUUGGACCUUUUAAUCAAUAAUGCUGGUGUCAUGUUUGGCAAAUAUCAGCUGUCAAAGAAUGGCUAUGAAGCUCAAAUUCAGACAAAUUAUCUAUCCCAUUACUUGUUUACGUACCGCCUUAUUCCUGCAUUACGCCGUGCCGCAGAGAAUUCAAGACCUGGUGAUGUACGCAUUGUCAAUGUCUCUAGUUUGUCCUAUUUUACGGCUCCAUACAGUGGAAUCUACUUUCCAGACAUUAACCUUCCUUAUGUUUUGGGAGGACAACAAACACGGUAUGGACAAUCGAAAUAUGCCAAUAUCCUCCAUGCACAAGCGCUUGCCCAUCGUCUCGAGAAAUAUGGCAUCUACGCCGUCAGCUUACAUCCAGGUGUAGUGAAGACGAAUCUCUUGCAAUAUUCCCAAGAAUAUAUUCGGAAGAUAAUGAUACAAUCUCCUUUAAAUCGUCUACUUCUUGAUCCCGUUUGGGGAGCUUACACAACAUUGUACGCCGCCACGUCACCUACCAUCUCUGAAGAGCGACUGAAUGGAGCAUUCUUCCGAGCUGUCGCCCAGAGGUCAACCUGUUACCGAAAUCAUGACCCUUUCAUUGUGAAUAAGCUAUGGGAGUUCACUCACCAAAUAUUUGAAAAGCUACAGUACUUACCUACAGAUGACGAUUUGAAGUGAGAAUCCUUUUUGUUUAUCUUACAACUCUCAAUACGUGUAUUAUUUGUCAAAUAUAAGUAAUUAAAAAAAAGCUAUUUAAAUAGCUUUUGCUUUUCCUGUUUAUAGUAUUUAUGUACAAACUUUGUUUAUGCCGAAUGACUUCCAAAUAGUAAAUCUGAAACUGAAGCGCUGCUUUACUGAAAACGUAACCG